AUGGCGUGCUGCCACAGCGAGAAGAAGACCAACUCCAGCAGCCUGCCCGUCCCGCGGCUGCUACGCAGUGCACUUCUUCUUCUGCUGCUGCUUGUUCUCUCGCCUUCGGCGUUCGCGGUCACGUACAACGUUAGCGCUGAUGGCGACGGGAUCGAUCUUUAUGAGGCCAUGGAUCUGGCUGAGGCCGGCGAUACGGUGAACCUCCAAAACGGCACCUACGACAGCGCCCUGGUUUCCAUCAGGGACGGCGAGUUCGGCAGUCCGAUCACCGUGGCCGGCGGGCCGGGGGCCAUCAUCAAGGGGUCCUCCAGCAGCCGCUCCGUGUUCAUCACGCACAGCUUCAUCACGCUCAAGGGGUUCAGCGUUGAGGGAAAGAUCGGGUCGAACGACACCGACCAGGCUUCUUGGGUGAACAAAUGCGUGUACGUGGAAGGGCCCGGGGCUAAUUCGUCCGCAGUCCUCGACGGGUUCGUCAUGGAGGACAUGGUCGUCCAGAAUUGCGGGGGAGAGUGCGUGCGCCUGAAGGACUCCGUAGUCAACGCCCAGGUCACGGGAAACACUAUCUCGAACUGCGGCGUCCACGACUACAUGUUCAACUCGGAGGACAAGAACGGAGAAGGGGUCUACAUCGGCACUUCCAGCACCCAGUGGACGAACGGGGAGGACACGUGCAACGGCAACGUGGUCUCCAGGAACCUGAUUUCCACGAGCGGUAACGAGUGCGUCGACAUCAAGGAGGGCUCCUCCGGCAACGUUAUCGAGGACAACUUCUGCAGCGACCAGCUGGACGCGGAAUCCGGCUGCUACGACUCACGGGGCGACGGCAACACCUUCCGGUACAACGUGGGAUCGGAAUGCACGGGUGCCGGCGUGCGGCUAGGCGGGUGGGAGGUCGACGGUCACCAGUACGGCGUGAACAACAGCGUGUACGGCAACGAUUUCUAUGCCGUCGGCGUAGGGGCCCUCAAGGUGCUCGUGGGCGAGCAGGGCGACAUUUGCGGCAACACCUGCGAGGAAGGGUCUUGCUCGUUGACCGGCGACGACGAGUCGGAGCGGCGCGAUCGCCGCCGCUUGAGGGGCGGCGCUGGCCGGGCCUCCUAG